AUGAGCGGGUCGAAAUCAAAUCAAAAUGCUGCUGCAUCAUCCAAAUUAGCAUCAGCAUCAAGUAUUCGCCAACCACGACAACGUAUGGCACAAAACCACCUUCUCAUAUGGUUAGAUGCCAACAUCGACGAAGGAAAAAAAGAUUACCAAGACACACUCACUCAAUUGAAGAAUGUGAUCAAUGAUGUCAACAUAUGCACGCAACCGGAUCAGUGCGUCCAAGUACUCCACCAAUUUGAUCAUGAAAAAGCCUUUCUUCUAAUAUCAGGCUCAUUAGGUCAACAUUUGGUUCCUGAAAUUCAUGACAUGCCACAUGUAGAUGCUAUUUACAUCUUCUGUGGCGACAAACCCAUACAUGAGGAGUGGACUCAAAACUGGACAAAACUCAAAGGUGUCCACACAAGCAUCAAAGAAAUAUGUCAAGCAUUACAAUUAGCGGUUAAAGAAUGCUAUCAAGACACAAUCGCCGUAAGUUUUCUUACGACAAAUGAAAUGACGUCAACUAAGAUUUUAAAUCAGUUGGCGCCAACUUUUAUGUACACACAGCUAUUCAAGGAAGUUCUCCUUUCUAUCAAAUACGACCCCAAGGCAAUCAAGGACAUGGCAGCCUGUUGUCGCGAAGUUUUUACUGGCAAUCCAAUUGAACUACAACUGAUUAAUGAAUUCGAGUGUGAUUAUCGUCCACAAAAAGCAAUAUGGUGGUAUACACGUGAGUGUUUUACCUAUAAAAUGCUUAAUCAAGCACUUCGACUGAUGGAUGCCGAUAUAAUGAUUAAUAUGGGCUUCUUUCUAUGUGAUGUACAUCAACAAAUUCAACAUUUGUAUGAACAACAGAUCAGUAUUUAUGGUACAGAACCAUUUGUAGUUUAUCGAGGACAAGGCCUUAUAAAACCAGACUUUGAAAAACUUCAGAAAACAAAAUGUGGACUUAUGUCAUUUAACAAUUUUUUAUCCACCAGUAAAAAUGAAAACGUGUCCCUUGAAUUCGCUCGACGUGCUUCAACAAAAACGGAUAUGGUGGGCAUUCUUUUUAUAAUGUCCAUUGAUCCUUGUAUCAAAUCAACACCAUUUGCUGCCAUCAAGGAGGAGAGUUUUUUUAAGAAAGAAGAAGAAAUCCUCUUCUCAAUGCACACUGUCUUUCGAAUAAGUGCGAUUAAACAAAUGGACAAUAAUAAUCAACUUUAUCAAGUUGAGUUACAAUUAACAUCGGAUGAUGAUCAACAACUACGAUUACUUACUGAUCGGAUACGAGACGAAGCUGGUGGUCAUACAGGAUGGCAACGAUUGGGUAAAUUAUUAAUUAAAAUUGGUCAUUUUAAUAAAGCUGAAGAACUUUAUAGCGUAUUACUUGAACAGACAUCUGAUGAGGGCGAGAAAGCGCAUUAUUAUGUAUGCCUGGGAUAUAUCAAAGAUGAUCAGGGUGAUUAUGGAAAGGCUAUUUGGUAUUACGAACAAGGACUUAAAAUUCAAGAAAAUACUCUUCCUCCAAAUCAUUCUCAGUUGGCUACUUCAUACAACAACAUUGGUAGAGUGUAUACCAACAUGGGAGAGUAUUCGAAAGCACUUUCAUUCGACAAAAAAGCACUUGAAAUCUUUCUAAGAACUCUUCCUUCGGAUCAUCCUAGUUUAGCUACUUCAUAUAACAACGUCGGUAAUGUGUACGAGAACAUGAGAGAGUACUCGAAAGCACUUUCGUUAUACAAAAAAGCACUUGAAAUUCAAGUAAAAACUCUUCCUUCAAAUCAUCCUAAUUUGGCUAAUUUAUACAACAACAUCGGUAAUGUGUAUGAAAAGAUGGGAGAAUACCUGAAAGCACUUUCAUCACAAGAGAAAGCACUUGAAAUCCGAGAAAAGACUCUUCCUGCAAAUCACCCUGAUUUGGCUACUUCAUACAACAACAUCGGUAAUGUAUAUACCCAAACAGGACAGUACUCGAAAGCACUCUCAUUAUACGAAAAAGACCUUGAAAUUUCUCAAAAAAUUCUUCCUUCAAAUCAUCCUGAUUUGGCUACUUCAUACAACAACAUCGGCUGGGUUUAUAGAAAUAUGAAAGACUAUUCGAAAGCACUACCAUAUUUUGAACGUGCGCUAGACAUCAGACAAUGUGCAUUACCUCCAACUCAUCCUCAUAUCAAAAGUGUGAAAGACAGUAUUAAAACUGUAAAAAAGAAAUUAUAA